AUGUCGAAGAUGCUCUACAUUCUCUACGAGGCGCCCACCGGCUACGCCCUCUACAAGGUCCUCACGACCGAGGAGGUCGGCGCCGGUGACGUAGCGCUGCAGAAGGACCUGCAGACGUUUGCCACAUUCUCGCCGUGGGUGAAGCUCAUGUCCUUCGCGCCGUUCCAGUCGCCGGAGAACGCACUCGAAGACGCGGUGUGCAUCAGCGAGUCGCUCGUGAGCCCGUUCCUGCACAACUUCCUCACCUCCGUGCUUGCCAAGAAGGCGGCGAAGCGGGACGGCGCGAACUGGGAGCUGGGCGUGUGCGACCCGAAACUCGGCAGCGCGAUCCACGACGAGCUCAAGCUGCCGGUGGUGUGCAACGAGAACGUGGCGGAGCUGAGCCGCUGCCUCCGCACGCACGCGGAGAAGCUUCUGCCGGAGCACAAGGACGGUGACGUGGCGCGCGCGCAGUGCGGUCUCGGACAUGCCUUCUCGCGCAACAAGGUGAAGUUCAACGUGCACCGCAGCGACAACAUGAUCAUCCAGUCCUCCGCGCUCGCGGAGCACAUGGACAAGGGCGUCAAUCUGCUGGGGAUGCGCGUGAAGGAGUGGUACGGAUGGCACUUCCCGGAGCUCGCGCGCGAGGUGCCGGAGCCGCUCAAGUACUCUAAGGUCGUGCUGCUCAUCGGCAGCCGCGCCACGCUCGAGGAGCGCGACGCCGAGGAGGUGACGCAGCAGAUCGCGGACAUCCUCGACGGCGACGAGGCGCUCGCGGCACGGGUGUACGAGAAGGCCGUCACGUCGAUGGGCGGCGACAUGGCGGAGGUCGACUGGGCGAACAUCCGCACAUUCACGGAGCGCGUCGUCUCGCUCGGCGCGUACCGCGAGUCGCUGCAGCAGUACCUCAUCGACAAGAUGAUGCUCGUGGCGCCGAACCUCACCGAGCUGAUGGGGCAGAGCAUCGGCGCGAAGCUCAUCUCCAAGGCGGGCUCGCUCACAAACCUCGCCAAGGCGCCCGCUAGCACCAUCCAGAUCCUCGGCGCAGAGAAGGCGCUCUUCCGCGCGCUCAAGAAGCGCAAGGGCAACACGCCCAAGUACGGCCUCAUCUUCCACUCCACCUUCAUCCAGCGCGCGGCGAAGGAGCACCGGGGGAAGAUCUCGCGCUACCUCGCCAAUAAGGCCGCCCUCGCGUGCCGCAUCGACUGCUUCAUGGACGCGCCGCCGCCGGUCUUUGGUGAGAAGCUGCGCGAGCAGGUGGAGGCGCGGCUUAACUUCUUCGACACGGGCAACAAGCCCCCGUCGAACGCCGCCGCCAUGGCAGAGGCACUCGAGCAGUACCAGAAGAUCGUCCGCAAGCGCGCCAAGAAGCAGCGUGCUGCGAAGACGAGUGACGAGGAGGAUGAGGAGGAGAUGCCGCGGAAGAAGCACGCGCGUCGCGAGGUAGUGGCGCAGGAGUCGGACUAA